AUGGCACACAGAAUGGGUGGACGUAAAAAGAAUAAUAAAAAAGGAUUUCAAUUCACUCUUAUGGUGGUUGGUGCAUCUGGUACUGGCCGUACAACUUUUGUCAAUACGCUUUGUGGUAGUGAAGUGUUAAAAGCAAAAUUAUGUGAUUCACCCGAAACCGCUCACGUUGAAGAAGGAAUUCGUAUUAAACCUGUUACAGUUGAAGAAGAUGGCAUAAGAAUUGCUUUAACAAUCGUAGAUACACCUGGGUUUGGAGACAACAUUGAUAAUGAAUUUUGUUUUCAAGAAAUUAUGGGUUACUUGGAAAGACAAUAUGAUGAUAUUCUUGCUGAAGAAUCUAGAAUUAAACGUAAUCCAAGAUUCAGAGAUAACAGAGUUCAUGCACUUCUUUAUUUCAUAACACCAACAGGUCAUUCUCUUCGAGAAAUUGAUAUUGAACUCAUGAAAAGACUUAGUCCACGUGUAAAUGUGAUCCCAGUUAUUGGUAAAGCUGAUACUUGUACACCGGAUGAAUUGUCAGAUUUUAAAAAAAGGAUAAUGGAAGAUAUUGAUCAUUAUAACAUUCCUAUUUAUAAUUUUCCUUAUGAUAUCGAGGAAGAUGAUGAAGAUACUGUUGAAGAAAAUAGUGAAUUAAGAGCACUUUUACCAUUUGCUAUUAUUGGAAGUGAGGAGGAUAUUAUUGUUAAUGGAAAACCUGUUCGUGGAAGACAAUAUCCUUGGGGUGUUGUUGAAGUUGAUAAUCCACAACAUUCAGAUUUUGCAAGAUUGAGAUCAGCAUUAUUAAGUUCUCAUUUACAAGAUUUGAAAGAAAUCACGCACGACUUUUUAUAUGAAAAUUAUCGUACUGAAAAACUUAGUCGAAGCGAAGACAACUCUGAUAAUGAAGAACAAAGUAGUAAUUUGCCUGAUGAUCUUGCCACCCAAAGCGUACGUUUGAAGGAAGAACAAUUGAAACGUGAAGAAGAGAAGUUGAGAGAAAUUGAAUUAAAAGUACAACGUGAAAUCACUGAAAAGAGACAAGAGUUGUUGGCAAAAGAAGAAGCAUUAAGAAGUUUGGAAGCACUACAAACCCCAAAUACAAACAAUAACACUGGUGUGGCUGUUGUAAUUGUUUCUUAUAAUGCUGAUGAAAUUCAAUCUUUAAAUUGCUUGCUAAUUGAAAAAGUUAGAAACCCAGUUGUAAGAAAAGGCAAAGGUGCUCCAUCAAGAAAAGAGAAAAGGAAAAGCUCUAUUGAAACAUCACAAAAAUCACAGACUAAAAAAUCAAAAGACCAAGCAUGGAGAAGGUUAGCCACGAAAAACAAGGUUGCCCAGACAGCUGGCUAUAAUUUGCCAACCCAUAAAGAAAAGAGAAGCAUUGAGGAGUUAUUGAAAAAGCAUGGAAAGUUUGCUUAUUUGACCAGCAAACCUUUGGGUAGAUAUUACCUGUCUACUUUGGAUUUAGAUUUGCGAAAGGUUGAAUUUCCAGAGAAGUUGGUGCAAAAAACCACCAAAAUUGAUUUUUUUGGAUAA